GACGUGAGCAUGAUGCAACACCCGCUAUCAUUUCUGGGCCCAUAUACAUCUAUGGGCCCCUCUACUCCUGACAAGAAGUUGUCGAAGAUUUCUGACAUCUUACGUCUCAAAAUCUAGAGCCACUUCACCCUAGACUGUUCAUCAUGGCCAACGAAGCAGCAACCCAGCAUCACCCAAAGUAUCAAGCCCACAAACCCGAACAAGAUGCCGUUGACUAUGAAUUGCAAACCUACACCCGUGGAUUGGACUUUGAACGACCGCCGCUCACGUUCCAGGCAAGCAAGUGGGAAGAGCUAGCCUGUUCGCGCCUCUCUGCCGAUUCAAAAGGCUACGUCUACGGCUCCGCUGGCGUCCGCGAAACAACAGACAAGAACCGCGCUGCGUUCAAAAAAUGGAGCAUCGUACCCCGAAGGCUAGUCAAAUACGACGGAUUCCCAGAUCUCAAGACGGAGAUUCUAGGCGAGCAAUUAUCCGUCCCCAUCGCCAUGGCGCCCGUCGGCGUGCUCAAGAUCUUCAACCCAGACGGAGAGAUGGCUGCAACGCGCGCCGCAGCCCAAGAAGCAGUGCCGUAUAUCCUCAGCACCGCGUCGAGCACGUCAAUCGAGGACGUGGCGCAAGCGAAUGGCGUCGACGGCCAGCGCUGGUAUCAACUCUACUGGCCGAGCCGCGAGCACGACGACAUUACCAUUUCGCUACUGCAGCGUGCGAACAAAGCGGGCUUUACAACCCUCUUCGUCACGCUCGAUACGUACAUCCUCGGCUGGCGGCCCUCCGACAUGGAUAACGGGUACAACCCGUUUAUGCGCGCGGACCGCAUAGGCGUCGAACUCGGCAUGACGGACCCUGUUUUCCGGCAGCAGUUUAAAGAGCGUCAUGGGGUUGAUGUAGAAGAGAAGAUGAACUCUGCGGCGCCGGAGUGGAUGCGUACCAUCUUCCCCGGAACGAGCAAAGGGUGGGAAGAUGUGGAGUUUCUGAAAAGCCAUUGGGAUGGGCCGAUUGUGCUGAAGGGCAUCCAGAGCAUUGUUGAUGCGAAGAAAGCUGCUGAAGUAGGUGUAGCAGGGAUCGUAGUGAGUAACCAUGGGGGUAGACAGCAGGAUGGUGGGAAUUCGUCGCUGGGGGUUUUGCCGCAUAUUGUCGAUGCUGUUGGCGACAAGUUGACUAUCUUCUUUGAUAGCGGUAUUCAGUCUGGAGCGGAUAUCGCAAAGGCUCUGGCGCUCGGUGCGGACUGCGUGUUGGUUGGGCGUCCGUAUGUAUACGGAUUGGCGCUAGGGGGUGAGAAGGGCGUAGAGCAUGUGCUAAAGAGUUUGGUAGGGGAGUUGGAGUUGACGCUGCACUUGGCCGGCAUCCAGAGCGUCAAAAAGGAGCAUCUGAACAGAGAAGCUUUGGUGCUGGAAGACGAUCUAUUCAACAGCGUCAAGGGCAUUGGUCUACAUUGAUUGUCGAGAGAUAUAGAAGCUAAUAGACGCAUAAAUAAAGCCUUUACUCACG